AUGGACGUCCCCGCUUUAGUCCCUAACGACCCACGGGUUGAACACAAGUUCCUGUCUGUUGGUAAUUUCACUUACCACUAUUUGCUAGCAAAACCUGAAGGCGAACGAAAGGAUGUUGUCAUCCUUAUUCAUGGAUGGCCUGAUCUUGGAAUGGGAUGGCGCUAUCAAGUUCCCUACCUAGUAUCCUUGGGCUUUGAAGUGAUCGUCCCCGAUAUGUUGGGGUACGGGCAAACUUCCGCUCCCGAGUCCCCAGAGGAAUAUUCAGUAAAGAACGUGAUCUCGCAUGUCGCUGCUAUCAUAAGAUCACGUUCCGACCAACCAGUUAUACUUGGCGGUCAUGAUUGGGGUGCUGCUAUUGUCUGGGCGACAGCAAAGUAUUACCCCAAACUCGUCAAAGCAGCCUUCGCCUUUUGUGUCCCAUAUUACCCUCCACCACCACAGAUUAUAAGUCAUGAGAAACUCGUUGAGCUCUAUCCUCUUCUUCGUUACCAACUUACCAACCGAGACGGAGCUGUUGAAGCAGCAAUCGGCGAUUCGAAAGAAAAACUAAAAGCAUUUAUAAAUGGAAUGUUUGAAGGGUUAACCCCAGAGGGCGAGCCGAUAUUUGAGCCUGAAUGUGGCAUCCGCGCAGAUAGGCUGCCUCGAAUUGGUCAAUCACCUCUGCUUGACGAAGCAAUCAUCGAUUUCUACGUCCAAGAGCAUUCACGUCACGGGCUGAGUUAUCCUUGUAACUGGUACCGAAACCAGGAACGGAAUAGUAUAGAUGAGCUCGCGUUUGCUAAGGAUCAUCCGACCUUCAAAUUCAAUAUUCCUGCCAUGAUUGUUAUGGCAGGGAAUGAUAGAUUUUUACCGCCAAGCCUCGCGGAUGGGAUGGAAAACUACUUUACCGCCGGCCUUAAAAAAGAGGUUCUAGACUCUGCCCAUUUUACCUUGUUCGAGAAACCUCAGGAGUCAAAUCGGUGCAUUAAAGAAUUCCUCGAAAGUGUUCUGGGAGAAGAAUUACAGCUACGAGCUUAG